GCUGGGUUUCAGCUUCCCUCCCAAGCCGGUGGCAAAGGGCAGCCCCGCAGGCAGGGAUCCUGCUGCCUGAAGGGUUCUGGGGGGGUUCCUCCCCGUGCCUUGGUGCCUCCAGGGGUCCAGACCGUAAGGAGGCUGGUAGCUCCAGCUUCGGUCCCUUGGUCACUCCUGUAGGUGAGGAUUGAUCUGUAAGAUGGUCAGGAGGCACCCUGUUGCAGAUAGCUGAAGGGCUGUGCAGCCCCAGGGACUGGGCACCCCUGGUCUGCUCAAGGGUGGAGGAAAGUGGGGUUGCUUGAACCCCUUGCACAGCUUGUGGCCCCACCAAGCUGGUGAGUCCCAGCCAUUGCUCUGUAGCACUGCUAGCAGGAGUGAAGGGUGAAAACAAAAGGUCGGUUGGGUCAGUAAUGGCUGAACAGCAGAGGAGGAUGAGCUCUCACACCCUCUCUUCCCUGGAGCUCGUUUUGAAAAGGUCUCCUGGGAUUACUGGAGGAGCACGGUGGUUCUGCAGCACCUCUCACAGCGUCCAGGGGCAGCCAUUUGCUCAGAGGGCAGAGGGAUUAAGGAUGUGGAGUUCUCCUUCUCCAGGCAAAUCCAGCAGGCUCAGCAGGUCGCUGCUGUCGAAGAGUGCAGAGGGUGAAGAAGGAAUGCUUCCAAAAGACAUGUCCAGGGAGUCCAGCACCGUUUGUGAGAGCAGCCCUGGUGGAAGAGACCUCUGGGACUCUGCUUAGCAAAAGCAGAGAAGCAGGAUACUGAGCACAGUGAGCAGGCAGGGACACCUGGGCUGCUCCUCGGGUCUCCUGCAGGAGGGGUAAGGUGAUGGUGUCAGUACAGCCCCUGAGCUCUGCUGGGUUCUGGUUUAGUCCUUCCUGCAGUGAUACCUGAAUGAUCUCCCACCUCUUUCUGAGCCAGGUGAGGCUGUUAACUCCACUGUGCUCUUCUGACAACAGGUAGAGUAAAGCAGCUCUCCCGAGCCCACGAGUGGUUCUGUGGCAAGCAAAGCAAGGAGCUGGAUCUCCAUCACUCAACCUCAGGGUCUUUUGAGAAUUAAUUGCACUUUUGGAAGUUUCUCCCAUUUUUAGACCUGACUGGAUCAGCAAAAUGCCCAAUCCAGUCCCAGAUCUGUGGAAUUACGUCCCAGAAGAAAUCCUCAUCCAAAUUUUCUAUUACCUGUCUCUUCGAGAUCGAUACACAGUGUUCCAGGUGUGCAAGCAGUGGGCUGCAGCUGUUUCUUCCAGCUCUGUUUGGCACUUCACUGAGAUCAGCUGUGAUUCAGAGGAUGAGGAAGGUAUGCUGCAGAGCCUGCUCCAGUUCCUCAGCCAAAUCAAACACCUGAAGAUUGUGUUUGACCAGUCCAAGGAGGUCAACCGGAAGAAUGUGACACACAUCUUGGAUGCCUUGGCAAAACAGAACCACCAACUGCAGCAGCUGUGCAUUGCGUGCCAGGGGGAGAACCCCUAUUUCUACUCUGGCCAGGACAUCCUCCAGAGCAUAGGGAAUUUGUGUGCCACUGAACACCAGAGAGAUCUUCAGCAUAUCGAUUUUCGAGAAAUGCCCUUCACUCUCAGUGGUGAGCUGGUUGAGCUCCUGGCUACCACCAGCCCCAACUUGCACAGUCUGUUCAUCAACAACCGCACCCUGGUGUGCAACGUGGCCCCAGACACCCUUAGGAAGGUUCUCAGAGCGUGUCCCAAGCUCUCAGCCUUGGGGGUUUACUAUGCCAGUUUGUCUGACGAUGUAUUUCAGGAGCUGCUCAAGCCUGACAGAGCAGCUUUCACCCAUUUAGACAUUUUCUGUGAGCGCCUGGACAAGUACAUACCAGUCAUCUCAGAAGAGCUUUGGGCUGCUGUAAGUCACAAGCAUCCUCAACUCUGUGUAGACCUAGAGUUUGAUCAUACAGUCCCUGCCUGCAAAAUACCAGGGAUCCUGAAGUUGAAUAUACCUGUGAGGACGCUGCAACUCAAUACCUACAACUACAUGGUCGAUCAGAUUAGGUUUGUCACCCAGAGCUACAGCAGUACUUUAAAGAAGCUGACUCUGCAAACCACAUCCUCAGAGGACCUCAAUUCCUCACUAGUAGACCUGGCCAGGCAGUGCAGAAACCUGUUGGAGAUCCACUGCUACUGUGUGGUCAGCCAGGAGGUGGUGGAAGCGUUCCUCACACACUGCCCCAGUCUGAAGCGGUACACUCUGAAGCUCACCAAGGAAAGGCACCCCUGGAAACCAGUCACAGUUCAGUGACCAGCUCUUGCUGACUUCCUGGGACAAGCCUGGGGAUCUGCAAGAGGACAGGAGAAGGUUUAGGGCUCUGAGGAAAAGGCUGCAAAAUGCCCUCUGCUCUCCCAGGGAACAAGCUGUUCCACCAGCCCUGGCUGUUGGUAUGAUGCACACCUCUUCUGCAGACCAAGCAAUUACUCUCAUGUGAUACAGAAAGGGUUAUACAGAGAAACAGAAAUGCCUUUUUUUUCUUCUUCUUUCUUUCUUUCUUGGGUGACGGAGAGCAGGUCUUUUCUCCUCUCCUUUAUUUAGCAGUAGCAGGAAUGCCAAGCUUGCCCUUUGUGGGUUUUUGCUGAGGACCUCAGCAAAAUUUAAUUUUGAUUUUAUAUUUUAAAAGCACCUCAAAGUCAAGCACGUUGUGUGAGGUGCCCAGCAACUCAGGAGUUUAGGAAGUGACAGCUUCAGUGAAGCCAUUUUCUGCCCAGUGGGGUACUUAGCCGUGCAGAUUCAGUGAGCUAUAGCAAGGAACUGUGGACACCUGAUGGAAUAUCCCCUCUAACCUUGGUGAUUUCUGUUUUGGCAUUGCAGUGAUGGUGAACUGACUCCAUAGGCAGUUGUUAGGUGGUUUCCAGCUUGGAUGGUUGUAACAGGAGCUGAAUUUUGAUAGGAAAUACAAGUAGGAGAAGAAGCACUUAAAGAAAAACUUUGACAAGGUAUUAAUAAAAGGCACAUGGCUUGCAGAUUCCUUUCUCCUUCUUGUCUUUCUGUUGCUCAGGAAUGCAGAUUUCCAGGUUAUAAUUCAAGUACCUUUUGCAAAGGCAUUGGCUUUUGUUACAAUGUUUGUGUUUCUCAGAAGGGUAUUAGCAGCUUGUGCACUUGACACCUGCAUUCCCACCCAAGUUGUCUUGCAGCUGAGUUGGGAGGUGUGUGUGUGUUGGGCUGUUGUACCAAAGAUUCUGGUGGAUGUUGCUUGAAGAGCAGCUUCUGAGAUGAAAUUAUCCUGGCAUAAAGCUACACUGAGAGUGCCUACUUAGAGCUAUCUGAAGCAUUUAUAAUAACAAUAAAGUGUAU